AUGCCUUCCCGCUCCUGCCCUGAGGUACGGAAAGGGUUUUGUAGCCAGCACGGUGCGUCAAUUACGGGAAAAGGAAAUGGAAAUAAUGUUUUAAAGAAGCCUGGCCCACCCGGCGGCGAUUAUUCAGCGCUCGAGGAAAUGGAGAACCAGGAGGUUAUUGGGAUGGAUCGUACAAUGACCCCCAUCUCAGCUGGCUUUGAAGCCAGGUAUCCUUAG